AUGGAUUCUGAAUUGCAAGCUUUAAGAGAAGCUAGAUUGGCUGAAUUGAAGAGGGGCACUGCUUCUGGUGGUGACAACGCUUCUGGGAGAAGUGGGAAUGGUGGAGGUGAACCUGUAGGGUCUGCGAUUGCAUCUUUUUUGGAACCUGAAGCUUUAGAGAGAUUGACUAGAGUUUCAUUAGUGAGACCUGAUAGAGCCCAAGCAGUAGAACAGUAUCUGAAACAAAUUAUAGGCACAGGUCAAGUAUCCCACAAAGUGACUGAAGAUGAAAUUGUUCAUAUCUUAAAUGGAAUUGCCAGAGAACAGAAAAAGAAAAAUGACGUUAAGAUUAUCUUUGAUAGAAAAGAACAUGAUUUCAAUGAUACUUUGGAUAAGAAAGGGGAUGAAGAUGAUGAUGAGGAUGAUUUUUUUGAUUGA